GUGUAGAAUUUCCACGUAUUAUCGCUAAAGUGAGAUUAAUCGAAGUCAUGUAGCUAGUAACUAUCGUGCGUUUUAUCCAAAUGUUGAUCUAGCUAGCUACUUCAAUAAUUAAUGUCCGCACUACAGCUGUUUAGAAACCGAGAGUGUGUUGUUAACCCAUGCCAUGUGUUUUGCGAGCUACAAUAGCUAGUUAACUCGUGCUAUCAACAUACAAGGUAGCUAGUUAUAACAGCCAGCAACGAAACUAUGGACAGAGGACAAUGUUCAGACGUUUUCAAUUAUUAGCCAUCUCUUCGGGAAGAAUCACAACAUGGAACAUGUGGUAAUUAGAGUCGUGCCUAACGUUAACGGUACAAGCAUGAUAACAUCGACCGUUAAGAUUUGUCCUCCAGCUCGAGACUAAAACUCUUCGAUGCGAUGGGUGUAUUGAAUGCUCUUCGAAGGGGCCUUGUGAGAGGAGCGGAUCGUAUGGCUGAAUUCACCAGCAAGCGUGGCUCAAGGACUCACUACAAAGGCAGAGGGGCACAGCCAACGGGAGUACUGACCUCCAGCAGAAAAUUUGUUCCAGUACAGGCAAUGAUCCCUCAGUUUGUGGUGCCAAACUUGGAGGGAUUCAAACUCAAGCCCUACGUGUCGUACCGCACCCCGGCUGGAACGGAGCCCGCUGUCACCCCUGAGGGUCUGUUCUCUGAGACUGUGGCCCCACAGAUCCAGAAAGACUUUGAGGAAGGCUCCUUUGAUAAGGAACAGCUGGAGAAAUACGGGUUUGAACCCACACAGGAAGGAAAGUUAUUCAAACUCUACCCCAAGAACUUUAUACGAUAAGUAGUCCACCAAAUAUUAUCCACCUGGAACUCUUGAGUGUUAAGGAUCAUUGACUUAUUUUGUUUGUGUUGGGAGAUGUGUGUUGGGAGGUCAAGAGGUUGUUUUACUGGACACUGGUGUAUUGUGAAUGUGCUUGCUGAAAGUACUAGUAUGUGCACUUCUUAUUAAAACAUGUAUAUUA